AUGGCAGUUCCCGAGACCCGUCCCAAUCACACUAUUUAUAUCAACAAUCUCAACGAGAAGAUCAAGAAGGAUGAGCUGAAGAAGUCCCUGUACGCCAUCUUCUCCCAGUUUGGCCAGAUCCUGGAUAUCCUGGUCUCACGAAGCCUGAAGAUGAGGGGCCAGGCCUUUGUCAUCUUCAAGGAGGUCAGCAGCGCCACCAAUGCCCUGCGCUCCAUGCAGGGUUUCCCCUUCUACGACAAGCCCAUGCGCAUCCAGUACGCCAAGACCGACUCGGAUAUCAUCGCCAAGAUGAAGGGCACCUUUGUGGAGCGGGACCGCAAGCGGGAGAAGAGGAAGCCCAAGAGCCAAGAGACCCCGGCCUCCAAGAAGGCCGUGCAGGGCGGGGCAGCCGCCCCCGUGGUGGCCGUUCAGGGUCCUGUCCCGGGCAUGCCGCCGAUGACUCAGACACCCCGCAUCAUGCACCACAUGCCGGGCCAGCCUCCCUACAUGCCGCCCCCUGGCAUGAUCCCGCCUCCAGGCCUCGCGCCCGGCCAGAUCCCGCCCGGGGCCAUGCCCCCCCAGCAGCUUAUGCCUGGGCAGAUGCCACCUGCCCAGCCUCUUUCAGAAAACCCACCAAAUCACAUCUUGUUCCUCACCAACCUGCCGGAGGAGACCAACGAGCUCAUGCUUUCCAUGCUUUUCAACCAGUUCCCUGGCUUCAAGGAGGUCCGGCUGGUCCCUGGGCGGCACGACAUCGCCUUUGUGGAGUUUGACAACGAGGUGCAGGCGGGGGCCGCUCGCGAUGCCCUGCAGGGCUUCAAGAUCACCCAGAACAACGCCAUGAAGAUCUCCUUCGCCAAGAAGUAG